CUGUUGUAGGGGAAAGACUCUAGGGCUGCAGAUAAGACUGUUGCCAUGGUCCUGAAGGAGAUACCAAGUAAGGCGUCAUCAGAAGGGAAGCCCCUCCUCACAGUGACUACCAAGCUGGUGAGUGAGCAACAAGAGAGCCGCCCGCUUCUGAGCCCUUCCAUUGACGAUUUCCUCUGCGAGACCAAGUGUGAUGGCGUUUCCCGCCCAGUGACUUCCAACACAGCUGUUCUGUCUUCAACACUGGACCUGCUGGAUCUCAGUGAACCUGGUGAGAGGAGGAACAGUAAGGACAGGAGGAGUACGCUGAUGUCCCGGUGCGACAGCCAGAAGAACAACCCACACAGGAAGAAAACGGAUGAGACGGAGCUGAUCCAGGUGGAAGUUGAACAGACAGGAUCAAGCAUGAGAACUCCAGAGAGAGCAUCGCUCGACUCAGGUUCACCGUUGGAUAAAUGGGAGGAGCUGAACCCCAACCCUGAGAGAAAUGGCAACAGAAAAUGGAAGCUGGAAAGACGGCGUUCAUCCAAAAAUUCAUCUAAUGAGUUUCUGUGGUCCAUAGACUGUAAAACCCAAUUAGACUCAUCGAAUAAGAACUCCUUGGAAACAAAUACGAAAGUCGAGCCAGAGUCUGCCCUAGCAUCUCAACUCAACAGGCAGUAUAUUAGUGGAAGACAUGCUCGUUUAACAAAAGAGCAGCGGUGGGGCAGUGCCCUCCUGUCCAGACAUCAGUCCCUGGAGGAGGAGUUUGAGCGAGCCAAGGCUGCUGUUGAGUCAGACACCGAGUUCUGGGAUAAGAUGCAGGCAGAGUGGGAAGAGCUCGCUCGGCGGAACUGGCUGACAGAAAACGAGCAGGCGCAGAUUCCCUCCUCGGUUUCACCACAUGAGAAGGGUUACUACUUCCACACAGAUAAUCCUUAUAAGGACUUUCCAAACGCAUUUGAAGAGGGACUUAAGAAGUCUCGAGAGGGAGACUUGCCCAAUGCUGUGCUUUUGCUGGAAGCAGCUGUCUUGCAAGACCCUCAGGAUUCAGAGGCUUGGCAAGUGUUAGGGACCACCCAGGCUGAAAAUGAGAACGAGCAGGCAGCGAUUGUCUCCCUCCAAAGGUGUUUGGAGCUCCACCCAAACAACCUACCGGCCCUCAUGGCUCUGGCAGUGAGCCUGACCAACACUGGUAUGCGUAAUGACGCCUGUGAGGCCCUGCUCCGCUGGUUACGGCACAAUCCUAAGUACAAGCACCUGCUGAAAGGAAAGUCCCACCUGAUGGGAUCCCCGAACUCCCAACGCAGGAUGUCACAUGCUCCCAACAUUGGCAGCUCUCUGCUACCAGAGGUCAAGGAGCUCUGCCUGGAAGCAGUUCAGCAAAACUCGGACAGUGUUGACCCAGAUUUGCAGACGGGCCUCGGGGUCCUUUACAACAUCAGUGGAGAGUUCAACAAAGCUGUGGAGGCCUUCAAUACUGCCCUGUCAGUACGGCCCGAGGACUACUUGCUGUGGAACCGCCUCGGAGCCACGCUGGCAAACGGGGACCGCAGCGAGGAGGCAGUGGAGGCUUACACCAGAGCUCUCGAGCUGCAGCCAGGGUUUAUCAGGUCCCGCUACAACCUGGGCAUCAGCUGUAUUAACCUGGGGUCACACAAAGAGGCGGCCAGUAACUUCCUGACCGCAUUAAGCCUUCAGAGGAAAAGCCGGAGUCGCCAGCAGUCCCAUCAGGUGAUGUCUGGAAACAUCUGGGCAGCUCUGAGGAUAGCGUUGUCCAUGAUGGACCAACCAGAACUCUUCCAGGCUGCAAACAUCGGCGACCUGGAUCUCCUCAUGCGGGCCUUCAACCUAGACAUUUGAGGAAUGGGAGGUAGUGAUGGCAGCAUCUCCCCCCCUUUAAAAUUUACUCUCUUUAGUUUUUAACCCAACAGCCAAAAGCCCAAAGUGCACACGUCAGAAAAGACAGGAUGGGAUGUUAGAGACUAGAGUGUGGUUUUUAUGCACGUCAAAAUUAACUGCAGUCGUCAAAGAUUUUUUUCUCCGCCCAAGUACCUUGGAGCAGCUCCGAGGACAGGUUCUUCCAAGUGCUUGAAGUGGCUGCUUUGUGAUGGAUUUGCACUGCAAUUUGUGAUUUCCCUGAAGAGCACAAGGACAGGCAAAGAUUGUACGAGCAAUGCCUUAGAGAACACAUCAAUUAAAAACUGACUCAUCCAGUGGAACAGAGCUGAGCCAGGAGAGACGGGCAGGCAGACAGUUGGAGCGUCUCACAGAGGAACCCUCUCUCGGUGUUUGCAGGGUAAAGACCAGGUUUUGUGGAGGAAAAGAAAAAAACUUUUUAAGACUCAAAACUGUUUCACUCGCCUGAGGGUCGGAUUAGAGUGUAACUGAUUAAGACUGCGCCACAUGACCUGGACCCUUCGACUCCUGUCCCUGGCUUGUUUUCAUCCUCUUUCAACAGAAAGUAAUGAUACUGCAUGAAUAAGCAUUUUUUUCAUGAACGGAUUCUUAACUUAACAUACUUUUAGAAAUGUUUCCCUUUGCACUUCAGACAACUUCCUUACCCAAGUGGAAUGUGGAAGCCGGGUUGUAAAGCCUUACUCAAAUGCAUGCGAAUAUUUAUUUAUACUAUUUUUAUGGCAACAAAAAAAACCCACAAAGCCAUUUUCAGACUGGUUUUCAAUUUCUUUAACUAACUGCCGUCUACUGAACUUUAAAGCUUUCUGAGCCAUUCAUUUUUGUUUUGUUGGGGGUUUUAUUUGUUUGGUCUUGGCUCAGAGCUUCUCUUUGUUCCCUUUACGCUGACUGGUCAGAGAAGUCGACACAGACGCUGGGCAGCGACGUGAUCUGUAAAAUUCAUUAGCGUGGAAACUUUCUAACAAACAGAGAAAAAAACGAUUGUUGCUGCAGUUCUCUUUUCAUCUUCAACCCCUGUAGUGACUCUAGAAGCUUUAGCAUUUGAUGUCAGCAUUACAUCCUAGUUUCCCCACACUGUAUUCAAUUCAAUACAGUAUAAUAACAGGUAAAUGAUGUGUAUGGAGCUGCAGGCCAGGACCCACAGCAACAGCUUGGGGUUUUUCCUAAUACAGUCAUUUGUAUCUUUGCCGCGUCUCCACAGACAGCGAAGCUCGUACAUUUAAUUAAAUCACUUUGCCUCGGUCAUUAUGUUAUGAUUUAAAUAUAUAUGUAAGCCUGGGCAGAAUGCAAACAAGAAGUAAACUAGACAUGAGCUCAUCCAACAUGAUGGUAUGAAAUGCAGUGAUUCUUUUCCUUUUUCCAUACCCAUGCUUUUUAGCUGACGGCUUCUCUUGCCUCACUUUCAGUUUGAAAGUCGCUCUGUGAAGUGAACAUCCCGUUCCUCACUGUGCCACAGAGUAAAUGAUGGAUAAUCUGCUGUAGAGUAGAGCUCAGCACCUUGGUGUUUGACAGGCGUGUCUGCAGCCCAGGCGCGCCGCAGAAGGUUGUUUUUAUCUCAGAUCCUAUGCAAAAAGGUUGUGUUUUAUGUUGCCGUUCGGAAUUGUCGGUUUGUCCUUCAACAAAAGGAGGCGAGUGAUUCUGUGCUUUGAAGCAGCGAUAUCAGCAGGAACCAGAGACCAGUGCGAUAGCCAUUCAUCUACUAAACUGUACAACUGUACCAUUAGGAAACUAGAGGAGAACAAAAACAAGAGAAAAGUAGACGUGGACGUGUAGUCUUCAUGUUUUAUAACGCUGUGGUGUAGCGAUAUGUCGUCAUCCUCAAUUGCACCCGACGAAAUCAGUGCUGAACCAUCAAGCUUUGUUAUCAGGCACAUGUUUUAUUCCGCUGGGCCGCUGCAAGUGUUCUCUUUAAAACUCACCCCAGAUGCACUUAAGAGAAGAAAAGUCUCAUUUUCCAAGUCUACAGCAGCGUCUCUGUUAUUGAACCAAAUACAUUACAAUCCUGAAACAGACAAGUAGCUGCUGUAGUCAGAGUCUCUGUGGUCAGCCAUGAUGUCAGAUGGAUGAAGGAGGCGGAGGAGCCCCGGUGAGACACGGCACAUAUGUGUGUGUCAUGAACAAUAUCCCUCAGAGUGACAAGAUGACAGAGGUGAGGAGCCAAAGCAGGAAGCACAGAUGUAUGCACUCUCUGAGAUUUUAUGAUGAUAGUUGCAGAAGUUGAAAGUUUAGCUUUUCAAUGAAAUGAAAUGAGUGAUAUCCAAAAGUCCUUCAAUAGUAUUCUGUUUAAUGUCUGAGAGCUGCAUGGCUCUAUAGAUUCCAGUGUCAGUGUGUUACUCUUAGCACCAGUACUGAGUCAUAGAUACAUCAAAGCUCUGGACUCUGAGUCUUGUCUAUGUUACAGCUUCACCUGCUCACUCCAUCCACUUUUCUUUCCAUAAACACAUGUAACUUGUAACAUUUGCCCGAGAGAUUGUUGAGAAAGGAGUUAUUCUUCAGGCCAGGAGCUACUUCUUCUUCUUUUCUUUUCUUUAAAUUAACACAUAUUCUGUCCCUGGUCGUCCCAUCUGUCUUCACUGUCAACAUUGAACUGAAGAAACUCGAAAAACCUGAUGUCUGGUAAAAUGAUCAACUCUAGUUUUGCUAUGGGGUUGUGGACCUUUGCUUUUGUUUUGCAUUUCCAGAGAUGUGAAAUGAAGAACUUAUUUUUUUAAGAGAAACCUUUAAUCGCUGGCUUGAAAUCUAAACUUCUACUGUGUACGUCAUACUGCAGUGCGUUGAGAUAGGAUGCCUGGCGACACUUUCUUUCUGUAGAACCUACUACUGAACCUUCUCAGGUGAACUGACCUAGCUUAACGCAUGCUCCUGAGGAACUGAGGAGGGUCGCAUGCUAGAUCCUCCUUCAUUUCUUUGCUGUGGAUGCUUUUUAUUUUCAUUUGUAUGCAUGAAAUACAUGGAUGUGCUUUCUUUCUCCUCCACUAACAUAUACAAAUGAAAUAUACGAUGAAGUUUCCUUACAAUAUUUUUACAAUACACUUUUAAAAAUCUGCAACCUUGACAAGAACUGAUGUAUAUAUUCAGUACACAUUCUACACAAGAGGCUUUUUCUUGCAUAGAACAAGAGGGUGUACGAAGCUUGAGCAGAGAAACAAGUGUUACAGCGCAACACACUUCAUUUCUUCCAAACUAACCUGAGCUUGAACACUUGUGUAACGCUACAACUGUAGAACCUGGUAACCACUGCAAUAACCCCAACCUUUAAAGCUGUUGCACCAAAUGUUUUUAAAGGAGACAUAUUGUGCUUUUUCAGUUUUUCUCUUGUAAAAGUUCUGAAAAAUUAAAAAGCCCAAAGUCUGCAGUAAAAGGAGCUCCUCUAACCCACAGAACACAGUGCUACUGAAAUGUCUCGUCAGAAGUCUGGCCUAUAAAUAAAGAAACAGAAACAGCUAAAACCAAGAGUUUGAGACAGGGGCUGAACAGAGGAGCUGCAGGAGUGGACAGUGUGAGGAAAGUAAUGUUUUCUGAACAUUAAAGCAUAAAAACCAUUGUAAGUAUCAACCCAAAUUAAAACUAUAAAGCUGAAAAUUAACAUAAUAUGUCUCCUUUAAUGUCUCAAACCUUA